AUGCAGACGGGGUACCGGCAGGGAAUCAAGAGCGUCUGCUCCCUGGACCCGCACACAGAUUCUGGAGAAUUCUUCCAGUUUCUGACUCAUGCGCUGCUGUUUCUGGGCCCAGCUCCCCGGAAGAUGCUGACUAAAGGAAGUGAUUUCCAGCGAGGUAUCUUCAGCAGCCAGAAGGAGCUCAGCUCCUGCCUGCUCUGGACCUGGGAUGCAGACAUGUACAAGAGCUUCCCUUGGACGCUGGGAGGCCCCGUGCAAGCUUAUGGUCCCUGGACCAGCAGCAUCCGCAGCAGCUGGGCGCUUGUUAAACAUGCAGAAGCUCCAGCCCAGCCCGACCCAUCAGAUCAGGAUCUGCAGUUUAACAAGAUCCGCAGGUGCUUGAGGCCAGCGGAAGGAAGGGCGCGCAAGGUGCUCGGCGCGCGCAAGGUGCUCGGCGCGCGCAAGGGCGGCAGCGGGGGUGCGGCGCCCGCGCGCGACCCGCGCGACAAGCGCGACAAGGCUGUCCACGAGCGCGGCCACUGGAACAGCAAGGUGGAGUUCGUGCUGAGCAUGGCCGGGGAGAUCGUGGGGCUUGGCAACGUCUGGCGCUUCCCCUACCUGUGCUACAAGAACGGAGGAGGAGCGUUCCUGAUUCCCUACGUGGUGUUUUUUGUUUGCUGUGGAAUUCCUGUUUUUUUCCUGGAAACAGCUCUGGGACAGUUCACGAGUGAAGGUGGCAUUACAUGUUGGAGAAAAGUUUGCCCUUUAUUUGAAGGCAUUGGCUACGCGACACAGGUGAUCGAGGCCCAUCUAAACGUGUACUACAUCAUUAUCCUGGCGUGGGCCAUUUUCUACCUGAGCAAUUGCUUCACCACCGAGCUCCCCUGGGCCACCUGUGGGCACGAGUGGAACACAGAGAAUUGCACGGAAUUCCAGAAACUGAACGUGAGCAACCACAGCCACGUGUCCCUGCAGAGCGCCACCUCUCCCGUCAUGGAGUUUUGGGAGCGCCGGGUCCUGGCCAUCUCGGAUGGGAUCGAGCACAUCGGGAACCUCCGCUGGGAGCUGGCCUUGUGUCUCCUGGCCGCCUGGACCGUCUGCUACUUCUGUAUCUGGAAGGGGACCAAGUCCACGGGGAAGGUUGUCUACGUCACUGCGACAUUCCCCGAUAUCAUGCUUCUGAUCCUCCUGAUCCGGGGGGUCACGUUGCCCGGGGCCUCCGAAGGCAUCAAGUUCUACCUGUACCCCGACCUCUCCCGGCUCUCCGACCCGCAGGUCUGGGUAGAUGCUGGAACACAGAUCUUUUUCUCCUAUGCCAUCUGCCUGGGUUGUCUGACUGCUCUGGGAAGUUAUAACAAUUACAACAACAACUGCUACAGGGACUGCGUCAUGCUCUGUUGUCUGAACAGUGGCACCAGCUUCGUGGCCGGCUUUGCCAUCUUCUCGGUCCUGGGCUUCAUGGCGUACGAGCAGGGGGUGCCCAUUGCUGAGGUGGCAGAGUCAGGCCCCGGCCUGGCCUUUAUCGCUUAUCCCAAGGCUGUCACCAUGAUGCCCCUCUCCCCGCUGUGGGCUGCCUUGUUCUUCAUGAUGCUCAUCUUCCUGGGCCUGGACAGCCAGUUUGUGUGUGUGGAAAGCCUCGUGACCGCUGUGGUGGACAUGUACCCCAAGGUCUUCCGGAGGGGCUACCGGCGGGAGCUGCUCAUCCUGGCCCUGUCGAUCGUCUCCUAUUUUCUGGGCCUCGUGAUGUUAACAGAGGGCGGCAUGUACGUCUUCCAGCUCUUUGACUCGUACGCCGCCAGCGGGAUGUGCCUUCUCUUCGUGGCCGUCUUUGAGUGCAUCUGCAUCGGCUGGGUGUACGGAAGCAACCGCUUCUAUGAUAACAUCGAAGACAUGAUUGGCUACCGGCCGUUGUCGCUCAUUAAAUGGUGCUGGAAGGUCGUCACCCCCGGGAUCUGUGCGGGCAUCUUCAUCUUCUUCCUGGUCAAGUACAAGCCCCUCAAGUACAACAACGUCUACACCUACCCUGCCUGGGGCUACAGCAUCGGCUGGCUCAUGGCCCUGUCCUCCAUGCUCUGCAUCCCGCUCUGGACCUUCCUCAAGGUGUGGAAGACAGAGGGGACGCUGCCCCAGAAAUUCCGGAAGUUGACAACCCCCAGCGCUGAUCUGAAAAUGCGGGGCAAGCUUGGAGCAGGCCCACGGACGGUGACGGUUAAUGACUGUGAAGCCAAACUCAAGGGCGAUGGGACCAUUGCCGCCAUCACAGAGAAGGAGACAUACUUCUGAGCGUCCACCUGCCGCCUCGGAUGCCUCUCCCUCCUGCUCCUCCCCCAUGUGUAUAAGUGAAUACCUGAACCGCGUACUUCACCUAGUGGUAGAGGCUUGCUCGUUUUGCACAGGAUUUAUUAACAAGUUAAUUUUAAGGUGGCCGUGUACACUCGGGUUUAAAGUCGUAUUCCCUCCUCGCCCCCAGUUAUCAUGUAAGUAACAUUAC